GGACUCUGUGGUUUUUGAUGGAACCUCUACAAAUGCUCCUAAAAGACAUGGUGAUCAGGAGAGUGGUGGGGAUGAUGAUGAUGACGUUGAUGUGGAUGAUGAUCUGCCAUGCACAUCCACCACAAACCCACCUGCUCACAGCCACAAAAGAGUCAGAACUAAUUACAGACGUGAUGCCGGUGAUGAUCCUGACAUUGUGGACAAAAAUGGAAAUGACAUGACAAAACCCAAGAGGGUCAAGAAGCCUGCAGAUGACGAUGAUGAUGAUGAUGAUGGGUGUGAUGUUUAUGUUGAUGUUGAAGAAUGUGAUGAAGAUGGAGACGGAGAAGAGCAACACAUCACAUCAACAAUAUCAGCUGUCAAGCAACGUCAGAAACAUCAUGAUGAUGAUGAUGCUCCACAAGUGUCCAGAAAGAGACCCUGGACUGCUGAGGAGAGGACUGUGGUGCUUCGAAGGAUGGGAAAGUUUGUUGCUCUAAGGAAGGUACCAGGGAAGAAUGACUGUCAGAUGUGCAUCUGUAAAGAGUCUCCGGUCCUCAACAAGAGAACAUGGAAAGACGUAAAAUACUACGUCCAUAAUGAAAUUGCCAAAGUAAAGAAAAAGCUUGCCUUUUAAAGGCAUGGCAAUUGCUGUUUCUGUUCCUUUCUGUGCUAGAUUUACAUGUUCACAGACAGUGUCUUUGUUUUUUGCUGUUGCUCAUCAGAAGUGACAGUCUGUUUCUAUUGUUGUCACCCACAAUUUUGAAUUAAAUUCAGUUUUUUUCUUUUCAUAUUUGCAACUGCAACUGUUGCUAGUCAGAAGUGACGACUAAAAAAUAAAAGUACAGUGUAUACAAAUGUUUUAAAACAGUUUUAAAACUGACCUGCAGUUUAUGGAGUCCAGUCUGACGGUGGUGUCAGUUUACUCACUCUCGAGGUCCAAUCCCUUUUUAUUUUAUUUUCUUUUUAAAUGGACAUAAAGCUGCUGCACAACUAUCUUUUAUGUAAAAUAACUGAAUCUGACAGAAAAACAAAAUCAGAAGGCCAAGUGUGUGAUGGCAUU